CCAAUGCCCUUUUGUUUGUACCUUUUUUGCUAGCCUCAAUAAACGGCUUGUUUUUUGUUAUAUCCACGUCACGUUCAGUUUUUGGUCUGCGUUUGAGUCCUCUUUUGCAAACACAUACAGUCUGCCCCAGCCAGACUGUGACAGAACGACCUGACCAUGUUGGACCCAGCGGACAUUUAUUUCACAGACUUUUUUGAAUUCAAGAUUCGUGUUACGAUUCUUCACGGACUUUGGAUUAUUUCCUCUGCAGGCAAGCAGGAGGAGGAGAAGGAGGCUAUUCGGGCUCAGAUGAUCCGGAUAGCCACGGCUAACCCAAGGUUUUUGGACUUUUUGCCUGAGGAUUUAAAGAACUUUGUUACUGCCUCAACCUGAUCUACCUCGCCAUUAUCACCACAGCCCUGCGGAGACGCAGGUCUUCCUUCGCCGGCUACAGGAGUAAGAGUCGGCGUGUUCAGGCUCUCGCCUGUGUCACCACAGCAGUGGAUAAGUGCUGUGGUUUCCUCACCACCACCAGUGGCUGCUUCAAGCGCUACAUUCACCUCAGCCGUAGCGGCGCCAGCCUCCACAACCACGGUUUCCAGGAGGAGGCAGCGCCCACGUCGUCACCGUGGCUUACAGCAGCAUGAGGUGGGUGACUAUAUUCUGGAUCCACGUGUUUUUUCUAAGGAGCAAAUUAAAAUUAACACAGACUUGCCAGUUCAUGGGCCCGGUUAUGGAGCGACCGCCCUGCCGUCUGCGGUUGCCAUGCCGCCACCUGCCACGCCUCAGCCAGAGGUCUCCGCACCUGCUGGCCCUGCCACGCCUCAGCCAGAGGUCUCCGCACCUGCUGGCCCUGCCACGCCUCAGCCAGAGGUCUCCGCACCUGCUGGCCCUGCCUCGCCUGGUUCUGCCACGCCUCAGCCUGAGGACAAUGCCUCGCCUGGUCCUGCCGCACCAGCUGGAGGUUCAGCCGAGCCCGUCCAGCAUCCUGCCACACCUGCUGCAGCGCCACCACCUGGUCCACCACCUGCGGCUUCCACGCCGUCGCCUGCAGUGCCAUCCACCAUAUUUAAGCUGGCUAAACGAUUUGGACUUAGUGCUUCAGAGCUGAUAGAUCAAGUUAAGUUUUGUGUUCCACAGCCACUCAUGUUUGAAUCAACUCACCAUGCUUUCUUGCCAGUGUCUACGGAAACUGUUCAUGUGACACCUCGAAAGACUGUUUUUUCUGAGCCACCUCCUCUGCCUCCUUGUAUUCCUGCUCCUAGGGCAGCUUGGACCCAGCGUAUCCCUGCACCCGUAUCAGUUCCUCGGGUGAGGGAGGCUGAGGUCCAGCUGGUCCGUGCUCCGGUUCCCAGGCCGGCUGAGGCUCUGUCAGUUUCUGCACCCGUACCAGCUCCUCGGGGUGAGGUCAGCCAGGAUACAGCCAGUCUCCGCACCCGUACCUACUCCUCGGGUGGGAGCGGCUAG